ACCCAGGAAUGACAGGACCAUUAGGCCAGUGACUUUUUACAACUCGCUGGAGAUGGAAGCCAAACGGAGUCGCCUGCUGACCACAGCUCGUCCUUAUCUUCAAGUCCUAUCCAUAUUUUGUCUAAUACCUCCUGCCGAAUUCUUUAGCAGGACUCUUCGGAAGCGACGCAGGAUCUGUUGGAUUGCAGGAUACAGCCUGUAUUUAGUUGCAAGUGUUCUAAUGGUAUUCUAUGAAUGCCAUGCGAAUAUUGUGUCCCUGCAGCUGGAAAUUCAUAAAUUUCACGUGGAGGAUUUCAGCAAAGUUAUAGUAGCUAUAGCAACUUGCAAUCAACUGAAUAUACUACUAAACUAUGGGCGUCUUGGAUUAAUCUACAAUGAAAUUGCGAAUCUGGAUCUAGAAAUAGGUAAGGCCUCGAAGGAUUUCUGUGGCAAGAGGCAUUGGUGGAGCUUCCGACUCCGACUGGCGAUUUCCAUUGGUCUGUGGAUGGUGUUCAUCAUAGGUGUUAUACCACGUUUAACUCUUGGACGCACUGGACCCUUCUUUCACUGGCUGAAUCAAGUAUUCACACAGAUCAUUCUUAUAAUGCUUCAACUCAAAGGCCCCGAGUAUUGUCUAUUCGUUCUACUGGUUUAUGAACUGAUUCUAAGGACGCGCCAUGUUCUGGAGCAGCUAAAGGCUGAUCUCGAGGACUUCGACUGUGGAGCCAGGAUUCAGGAGCUGUGUGUGACUUUGAAGCAGAACCAAUUGCUCAUUGGACGUAUCUGGAGAUUGGUGGGUGAGAUUGGAGCAUAUUUCAGAUGGUCCAUGACGCUACUGUUUCUAUACAAUGGACUGACCAUUCUGCACGUUGUCAACUGGGCUAUCAUUAGAUCCAUCAAUCCAAACGAUUGCUGUCAACUCAGUGAGUUAUACUGCGUAAAAACUUAUAACAGCAUAUCACACAUCCUUCAUCAAAUUGGAUGUUUGCCUACAGCUGAAGAAUUCCAAAUGCUCAAAAUGGGUCUCAAGGAAUAUAUCCUGCAAAUGCAGCACUUGAAGCUCCUGUUCACUUGUGGUGGCUUAUUCGACAUCAAUCUCAAGUUAUUUGGAGGGAUGCUGGUUACUCUAUGUGGUUAUGUAAUUAUUAUAGUUCAAUUCAAAAUUCAGGAUUUUGCUCAGAUCAGCUACAGACAAAAUACUAGCAAUACGUUCUAAUAUUGAUUAUUAUAUUUGUUUAU